AUGUGUGAUAUAAACGAUAAUCCUAUUAAAUUAAGUGUUAAGUGGAAUGGAAAGGAAUAUGAAAUACCUGAAUUAUCGCCUUCGGACUCAGUAGCGAUGUUGAAAAUCGCGAUCGAAAAUGCCACUGGAGUUCGACCGGAAAGACAAAAACUUCUCAAUGUUAAGUUUCAGGGCAAAGUGGCGACAGAUAACUGCACCUUAUUUGAUUUGAACCUCAAGCCAAAUCUUAAGAUCAUGAUGAUGGGCUCUUUAGAAGAAGCAAUAGAAGGUGCUAGAACAAAACCAGAUGUAGGUGAUGAAGUAAUUAAUGAUUUAGAUAUAGAGGAAGAAGAAGUAGAUGUUGAAAACCAAGAGAUAUACUUAACAAAAAUAAACAAAAGAGUGAAAGAUUAUAAAAUAAAUAUUCUAAAUGAGCCCCGACCGGGCAAGAAACUUCUUGUAUUAGAUAUAGACUAUACACUCUUCGACCAUAGAUCUGUGGCAGAAACUGGUUAUGAACUGAUGCGUCCAUUUCUCCAUGAAUUUUUAACAUCAGCAUAUGAAGACUAUGACAUAGUUAUUUGGUCGGCCACUGGAAUGAAGUGGAUAGAGGAAAAAAUGAGAUUGCUUGGUGUAUCAACUCACCCAGAUUAUAAAAUCAUGUUUUAUUUGGAUUAUCUGGCUAUGAUCACUGUUCAUACAGCCAAAUACGGAACUAUUGAUGUAAAACCACUUGGUGUAAUUUGGGGUAAGUACCCACAAUACAGUUCCAAAAAUACAAUAAUGUUUGAUGACAUCCGACGCAAUUUUAUAAUGAACCCUAAAAGUGGUCUAAAAAUAAGACCAUUCAGACAGGCUCACUUGAAUAGAGAUAGGGAUAGGGAACUAUUACACCUUUCCACUUAUCUCAAAGACAUUGCAAAUUACUGUGACGAUUUUGAUACUCUUAACCAUAAAAGAUGGGAAAAGUUUAAGCCCGACAAAAGAACUCAGCAAGUCGGUAGUAAAAGAAAGGCAGAAGACAGUCCGUCUCAACCGAAGGAA